CUACAUAUCGGUGUGUUAGAAAAUUAUUUUGAAAAUGAAACGCGUUUGGUUUAUUUUUAAAAUUAUUGAAUCCAUUUUGGGUUUGUGUUGUUUGGGCUAUCAUGCUCGUGGUUUCCUAAACAUCACCUACAUUCAAGAUCACUAUACAUAUGUGGCAGUUUUUGGCGGUUUCUCUCUGAUGGCCAUGUUUGGUUGCCUCAGUAUAUGCCUCAAAGAGCCAGUGUCAGCAUUGCGCGAAGGUUUAUUCAAUAUUAUAGCGGCCAUAGCCUUUAUUCUGGUUUCGAUGAAUAGCAUGUAUCAUGCGGAAAAGGAUUUUCAUUUGAUGUAUCUGUCUGCAGACGUAAUUGAUGAUAUUGAGGAGGAACAUCUGGAAGAAGUGGAACUAACGGAGCAACCACAUCCAUUUUUUAAAUAUUCGAAAGCUCAAAGUGUGGCGGCUUUGUGUUGCGGUUCACUGUUCUUGCUGCAUGCAAUUUUAGCAUUUGACUUGGCAUUGAUCGAUAGUAGUGAUGAAACGUUAGAGGAUGAUAGUGAAGAUGAGUACGAGGAAAGUAAGGCAGAGGAAGGUGGUAAAGGUCAACGCUUGCCAUUUUAUGUUUUUGGUAAGAAUGUGCAUGAGUGGUUAAAUCGUUAUGAGUGGUUUAAUACAUUGGCUGAUGCAGCGAAUAUCAAUAAAGAAGAAUUAAUGGAAGUUAAUUAAACUUCCAGUCAGAGACAGAAAAUAACUCAUCCCUAAAAUAUAAAUAAAUAAUUGCCCAAAUUGUGAUUUAUUUAACAGACAUAACCUUUAUUAGUUCAUGUUGUUUUUAAUGCUUUGGUGAGAUAAUUUCAAUGGUGGUUGAUUUUAACCCUCCGUUAGUUGCAGCUGAUCUGGUUGAUACAGAAAACAUUUGUUUAUUGUACAUUUUUUUAAAUGCCCUAUUUUUAAAG